CAGGAGAUACUCGGUUUAUACUCGGCGACCGCGUGGACGAGGCGGCCGGAAGGGAAAGCCAGGGCCUCUGCUCCCCAGUCUCCACCUGAGUCACGUCUCCAGCUGCCUCUGGAAACCCGCGAGACCCAGCUGUACCGGCCUAGUCUGGGCGUUCGGGGCCUCAUCAGCGCAGGCAUGGAGGAGACAGUGGUGCGGCCUUCGGUGUUCGUGGUGGACGGACAGACGGACAUCCCAUUCACAAGGCUGGGACCCAGCCGCCAGAGAAAAACAUGCAGUGCUGCCCAGCUGGGUCUGGGGCUCCUGCUGCUGCUGCUGGUGGCCGGGAUGGCGGUGCAGGGCUGGUUCCUGCUGCAGCUGCACCAGCGCCUGGGACAAAUGGUUGCCCCACUGCCGGAGAAAGACCCGUGGUCCGGGGAGCAGCUGAUCCCAGAGCGGAGGUCCCACCAGGCUAAUCCGGUAGCGCAUCUCACAGGGGCCAACUCCAGCCUGACUGGCAGUGGCGGCCCGCUGCUGUGGGAGACGAAGCUGGGCCUGGCCUUCCUGAGGAACCUCCGCUACCGGGACGGCGCCCUGGUGGUUGCCCGAGCUGGCUAUUAUUACAUCUACUCCAAGGUGCAGCUGGGCGGCGUGGGCUGCCCCCAGGGGCUGUACGGUGGCCUGCCCAUCACUCACGGCCUCUACAAGCGCACGCCUCGCUAUCCUGAGGAGCUGGAGCUGCUGGUCAGCCGGCGGUCGCCCUGUGGGCCAGGGACCAGCCCCCGCAGCUGGUGGGACAGCAGCUUCCUGGGCGGCGUGGUGCACCUGGACGCCGGGGAGGAGGUGGUCGUCCGGGUGCCGGACGAGCGCCUGGUCCGGCUCCGUGAUGGCACCCGGUGCUACUUCGGGGCAUUCAUGGUGUGAAGGAAGGAGUGACAGUGGACUGGAUGGGCUCUGACCAUGGAGGUGUCCCAGGAGACAGAGAACCCAGCCAGCAGAGACCUUGGAGGAUGUCCCAGGGACCCCAAAACCCAGCAGUUGGGGAGUCAGCGGGCACCACCAAGGGCCAAGAACCCAGCCAUGCCAAGAGGCUGGAGACUCAGAGGGCACCUCUGGAGAGGACAAAAAAAAUUGCAGAGCCCACCACAGACAGCACCAGAAGCAAAGACCCAGAGACGUGAGGUCUGUAGGCCUCCAAACAGGGUAAAGCCCAUCUGCCUGAUAUUCCGGAAGGAGGGUUGGGUGGGUAUUUAUGCUUCUGAUUCCAAGGAAAGCGGAACUUGGGCAGGGGGUCAGGGGACUUGGCUGAGAGCAGGAAACAUCCCCCCCCCCACUCCCACAAGUGUGGGCAGAAGGAAUGGGAUUUAUCACUCAGAUUCAUCCGUAUGGAGAGCCCAACCCCACCCAUGGUCACAGUCACACUCAAGUUCCUCCCACGGGCUGUGGCCACACCUCGGCCUGGUCACACAAAGUGACACUCAGAGGCACAGGCACGGGGUGUGCUGGUAAAUGUUUGACAACCAGCUCUUUCCAGAGGGAAGGGGCUUCCUGAAUCUGCCCAGUCCCAAGGUGUAAAUGCUCCCAUGGAGGCUGGUUGCUGGCUACCAACAUCUCACCAGCCGCUGGCUGCAUCCCGGCCCUGCUGGGCAGCCACACCCGCUAGGACACCGCAGCUGUGAGUCGGCCCCCGGGCCAGGGCCUGGCGCCGUGGGCACUCAGAAGAUGUUUGAAGAAGGAAGGAAGGGGCAGAGGGGGGAGAGAGGGACAGAUGGAGACAGGGGCACCUGCCGCAUCGCAGCACGUCACACCACUCCGCAGUCUCACCCGGUCCCAAUGACAGGCUCAAGCACACAAAGCAUCGGUUCCUCACACAACCCCAUCCAAGUCGUAGACAGCAUCACAAACACUUGGUCACUGACACUUCUUGAUAACCACACAUGACGCAACACACAAGAAGUCAUCGUCCCAACCCCAGGCACUCACGCGGGCCAUGCAGUCACACACAUGAUCAUCGCAUCAGACUUCACCUGCCACAUCACAGUCGGACUCAUCACGCGCACACAGCAUCGCCAUGACAAGUGCACAUCACACACACAGCCCGAGGCUCCUCUCAGCCGAGAGAACACGUCCUGGGGUGAGGACCAGGCUUUGUGUGUAACCCUGGGCCCCUGACCACGGGCCUUGGAACAAACGGCAAAUGUUGUUUAUUCAUCUGGGUCCACCUAGCCUUAGGGCUGGGGUGGCUAGCAGAGACCCAGAAAUAGACGGAAUGACCUCCAGAGGUCACUUUACGAAUAAGAAACCUGAACCCAGCUGGCUCAACUGCAUGCAGGGAGCUUGGGGAAGAGCAGAGAGCUCACGCCUGGGUCUGCCUUCCUCAAACCCAGUCCCUGGGGGAGUGGAGCCUACAUCCGCCCAGCACCCUUACUGCAGACGUCUGGUACAGAGAGGCAGCCUGGAAGCGUGCGGUGGCCGGGGGCCUGGGGAGAGUGCGGGGGAGAGGCAGUAAGGACACACACACGGAGGGUAUUCGGUGGCGUGGCUGCAGGAAGUCCUACUUCCAAGGACUUCAGAUGAGGGAUCAGAUCCCA